UUGUUUGCGGCGAUAUCCGGCGGAAGCUGUGACAGAGCAGAUCCCGGAGCUGCAGAGAUGCCGCUAGAGAACCUGGAAGAAGAGGGUCUGCCCAAGAACCCCGACCUCCGCAUCGCCCAGCUCAAGUUCCUGCUCGGCCUGCCUGACACCCGCAGUGAUGUGCGGCUCCGCGCCGAGCUCAUGGAGGCCGUCACCGGCAACAACAUGGCUCCUUAUUAUGAGGGUCUCUGCAAGCAGCUGGACUGGCAGGUGGAUACAGACCUGCUCAAUAAGAUGAAGAAGGCCAAUGAAGAGGAGCUGAAGAGGCUGGACGAUCAACUGGAGGAUGCAGAGAAAAAUCUGGGCGAGAGUGAGAUCCGAGAUGCCAUGAUGGCACGAGCAGAGUACCUGUGCAGGAUUGGUGACAAGGAGGGGGCUCUCACAGCAUUCAGAAAGACCUACGAUAAGACGGUUGCUCUCGGCCAUCGCUUAGAUAUCGUGUUCUACCUGCUGAGAAUUGGCUUGUUUUACAUGGAUAAUGACCUGAUUACAAGGAACACAGAGAAAGCUCGCAGCCUCAUAGAGGAAGGUGGUGACUGGGAUCGCAGGAAUCGUCUGAAGGUUUAUCAAGGUCUGUACUGCGUAGCCAUACGUGACUUCAAACAAGCAGCAGAGCUCUUCCUGGACACCGUGUCCACAUUUACAUCCUACGAGCUUAUGGAUUACAAGACCUUUGUUACAUAUACAGUCUAUGUCAGUAUGAUUGCACUGGACCGGCCUGAUCUCAGAGAGAAGGUCAUCAAAGGAGCAGAAAUCCUAGAAGUGUUGCACAGUUUGCCCACAGUCAGGCAGUAUCUCUUCUCAUUAUAUGAGUGCCGCUAUUCUGUCUUCUUCCAGUCACUUGCUGCUGUGGAACAGGAAAUGAAGAAGGACUGGCUCUUUGCCCCUCAUUACCGGUAUUAUGUGCGAGAGAUGAGGAUCCAGGCCUACAGUCAGCUUUUGGAGUCUUACCGGUCGCUCACACUCGGUUACAUGGCUGAAGCCUUUGGGGUUGGAGUAGAAUUCAUAGAUCAGGAGCUCUCCAGGUUUAUUGCUGCUGGUAGACUGCACUGCAAGAUAGAUAAAGUGAAUGGGAUUGUAGAAACUAACAGGCCGGACAGCAAGAACUGGCAGUAUCAGGAGACCAUAAAGAAAGGAGAUUUAUUACUGAACAGAGUGCAGAAGCUGUCCCGUGUAAUUAACAUGUGAGAACACUCUUUUAGCUGGCGUGAAUGGAUGAAAUGGUCAAGACCUUUGUGUUGUCUAUAUAUUUCUCGCUGCUUCAGUUAUCUAAAUGAUGAAAGAUGUGCAUUUAGGGUUUUUACAGUUUUACAUUAUGUCAAUAAUCCAGGAUGUAUAAAACUAAACAAAACGAUAAAAAAUAAAAAAAAAUGUAAACUCAA